AUGUCGACGCCGCGAGAAGGGGUGAACCCCCUCAGACCUUACUACAGGCCGCCGACCAUUGGCGAGGCUCCCGAUCCCACGUCUGCUGCUGCUGCUGCUGCCUCUCAGCCCAAGCCUUUCGCCCGCCAUGCUGCAAAUGCGACCAGCGAGCGGUACGCGUCCAAGGCACGCGACAUCUUCUCCGAUAUCGACUACAAGGACUACAUCAGCGAGCCUUCUCCCUCUGUUGUCCAAACCGUCAGGGACCUCGUCGACGAGCUGCUAUGGAAAUACACCUCCGUCCUCAUGGCCCAGCCCUUCGAGGUGGCCAAGACGGUUUUGCAGGUCCGGAGCCAUGAUGAUCUGACUCUGGCACCACCCGCCUCCGAGCAACCCACGCCCCUCGCCUCUCCCGUGCUGGAGAAGAAGCAACCUGUCUUUGGAAAGAACGUUUGGGACGAGCCUGGAUCUGAGUCCGACUCUGACCUCGACGAGCCUGCAUACUUCACCUCCAACAUCCCGACGACGCCGACGCCAUCCCAACCCAAGGAUGCCCGGCAGCACGAACCCUCCCCUCCUCGCACCCCGGCAGCGAAGCAGCCGCUGCCGCCACAUCAGCUCAGCAUUCGACGACCAGACUCGUUGAUGGAGGUUAUUGGGCAGCUGUGGCAGAAGGAGGGUGCGUGGGGCGUGUGGAAGGGCUCAAAUGCCACCUUCCUAUACUCCAUUCUCUCGUCCUUGUUCGAGAACUGGUCGAGAAGUGCUCUCAGUGCCCUCUUCAACGUCCCAGACCUCGGCGUGAAGGAGGAUAUCGACCGUCUCAUUGACAUCGCAUCGCCCUAUCCGUGGGCUUCGCUGUGCGUAGCCGCGGCCGCAGCCGUAGCGACCGGCCUGAUUCUUGCACCUCUGGACCUGGUCCGCACACGACUCCUCGUCACCCCGACUUCGAAGCAGCCUCGCCGCACGCUGGCGACCCUCCGAGCCCUCCCCUCCUACGUCUGCCCCUCACCGCUCGUUCUCCCCACGAUUCUGCAUUCGCUUAUCCACCCCCUGCUCACCCUCUCUACACCCCUGGUGCUCCGCACACGAUUCCUAAUCGACAGUCGAGUGUCGCCGACGACCUUCUCCGUCGCCAAGUUUUGUGCUUCCUCAGUUGCUCUCUUCGUCAAGCUUCCCCUCGAGACCGUGCUGCGUCGUGGCCAGGUCGCCGUCCUGAGCACCUCCACAUACAUCCGUGCUCUUGCCAGCAAGGAUCAGCUGAUGGAGACAAUCAUUCCGGCCGGACGGUACAAUGGCGUCUUGGGCACCAUGCUUUACAUUAUGAAUGAGGAGGGUACGCGAGCGGUUCCUGUCCCGCCGGCCCCGGUCAGAAGGGGCAGGGCACCCAAGCCCAAGGUCGCCGAGACCGUGUUCCGAAAGGGACAGGGCAAGGAAGGCCUUUGGCGGGGCUGGAAGGUCAGCUGGUGGGGGCUUGUUGGUCUCUGGACCGCCGGUAUCAUUGGAAACAGUGCCGAAGGCGAGUUCUAG